AGGAGGUGGAGGGAGGCAGGGCUAUUUAAGCCCAGGCUGAGGGCUGGCAGGCUGGCAACCCCAGUAGCCUGUCCUGUGAACUGCCUUCAGCAUGGAUGAUAUCUACAAAGCUGCGGUAGAGCAGUUGACAGAAGAACAGAAGAAUGAGUUCAAGGCCGCCUUUGAUAUCUUUGUCCUGGGUGCGGAGGAUGGCUGUAUCAGCACCAAGGAGCUGGGCAAGGUGAUGAGGAUGCUGGGCCAGAACCCCACACCCGAGGAGCUGCAGGAGAUGAUUGAUGAGGUGGACGAGGAUGGCAGCGGCACAGUGGACUUUGAUGAGUUCCUUGUCAUGAUGGUUCGGUGCAUGAAGGAUGACAGCAAAGGGAAGUCUGAGGAGGAGCUGUCGGAUCUCUUCCGCAUGUUUGACAAGAAUGCUGACGGCUACAUUGACUUGGACGAACUGAAGAUGAUGCUGCAGGCUACGGGCGAGACCAUCACAGAGGACGACAUCGAAGAGCUCAUGAAGGAUGGUGACAAGAACAAUGAUGGCCGCAUUGACUAUGACGAGUUCCUGGAAUUCAUGAAGGGUGUGGAGUAGACACUGGCUUUGUUCAGAGUUGCCCACACCUGUGCUCCAUCUCCAGACAGAUCCUGUGGUACGGGUGCAACUGGGUUCUCUGGACUCUGAACCCGGUUGUGUCCUUUAACGGUGUCCCCCCCCCCGACCCCACCCAUAGACUCUCUCCCCAUUCUUGUCCCGGGGGGUGCAAAUAAAUCCUUGCUCCCCAGA